CAAUAACCACGUUGCGACUCUUGAACCAAUAUAUUAUUCGUCUACAAACAGCAAUAUUUUCAACCUGUACAUAUGCCGAUUCUCAACAAGUAGGGAGUUAACUGCUCAAGUCCUAAUAGAAGUUCUAGACUUUGCGACACUGGAAUGAACUUUCUCAAAUCUGCCGUGGCCUCGGCCAUUGCACAAGGCCCUCCCUUUCCAUACAACUUUGGCGACAAGGUUGAUAUCGAUGAGUCUAUCUGGACACUGUACAAUGGUACCAAGAGGGAAGAUGGUUCAAACUGCAGCAUCUUUUCCUUCGAUAUCACCACCAACCGAUCCCAACUCCCCCUAGCCAAGAAUGCCCUAAAGAAGCUCCGAACACUACGGCACCCAGGCGUGAUCAAACUUCUAGAUGCGGUCGAGACAGAGACGUAUAUCUACAUUGCGACCGAACGAGUAGUACCCCUACGGUGGGACGUUCGAAGAAAGAGUCUCAGCCCUGAGACGAUAAAAUGGGGCUUGCAUAGCGUUGCGCGCACCAUAAAAUUCAUCAACGAAGAUGCUUCCUCGAUCCACGGCAGCAUCAAAGUUGGAUCGAUAUAUACUUCAGAGAGUGGCGAGUGGAAGCUCGGUGGCUUUGAUGUUCUUAGCAGCCUCAAGGACGAUGAGUCAAUAAUAUAUACAUACGGUAGCUUGGUACCUGAUGCGGGUCGAUACUCUCCUCCAGAGUUGGCGCGAGGCGGAUGGGAUGUUAUCAAGAAGAAUCCCCAUACAGCAGUAGACGCAUUUAAUCUUGGAACAUUGAUCUUUGAAGUUUUCAACGGCGAUUACAAUGGAGCUGAUCAGGCUGGCCAAACGAAGAGCAUCCCCCCUUCAAUGCAGUCCAGUUAUAAGCGUCUGUGUAACGCCAACCCAAAGGCUCGAAUCAGUGUGGGAGCAUUCCUUGAUCAAGGCAACCGAAAUGGCUCUUUCUUUGACAGCUCUCUCAUCAAGCUGACCGAGGGUAUCGAUAACCUGGAUAUCAAACCGCCAGAUGAACGAGAAGAGUUCCUUACUGGACUGGAUGAACUGAGCGAUGACUUCCCAGAAGAGUUCUUCAAGCUAAAGGUUAUGCCGGAGCUGAUGAAGUCCGCUGAAUUCGGUGGCGGUGGCCCUAGGGCUGUGUCCGUAGUUCUCAAAAUCGCAUCUAAACUUCCCAAGGACGACUUCGAUUCAAAGAUUACACCCUUCAUCAUUCGCCUGUUUGGAAAUCCCGAUCGUGCUAUCCGGGUGUGCUUAUUGGAUAGCCUUCCUUUGAUGAUUGAUCAGCUAUCACAGAAGAUCGUCAACGACAAGAUCUUUCCACAAUUGAUCACUGGCUUCACUGAUGUUACACCGGUAGUGCGAGAACAGACGCUCAAGUCUGUUCUGGUCAUCAUCACUAAGCUCUCGGACCGCACAAUCAACGGUGACCUCCUCAAACAACUUGCAAGAACCGCAAACGACGAGCAACCGGGCAUUCGAACAAACACGACUAUCUGCUUGGGGAAGAUUGCAAAGCACCUAGGUACUUCGUCCCGCUCAAAGGUUCUUAUUGCCGCCUUCACAAGGUCACUCAGAGAUCCAUUUGUUCAUGCCCGAAAUGCUUCCUUAAUGGCCUUGGGUGCCACUGCGGAGUACUUCACUGAUGAGGAUAGCGCAUGCAGGAUCCUGCCCGUUAUCUCUCCUGUCCUGAUUGAUAAGGAGAAGAUUGUUCGCGACUCUGCUACUCGUACUAUGGAUAUAUAUCUCCAAAAGAUCAAGAAGGCAGCUUCUGCCAUGCCUGAAAGCGUUUUGCCUCCUCCUCAGACUAAUGAUGGCUCAGCUCCACGGAUGAGCACCCCACAGCCAAACGAAAACACCGCAGGUGGCUGGGCAGGCUGGGCAAUCUCUUCCUUUACAAACAAAAUCUCUGCGGCUGCAGGCGAAAUUCACGCGGAGUCAGACUCCCGUGCUGCUUCACCUGGGCCCGCGCCCUCACCUAACUCCGAGCCAAAGAAGCCGGCAACGAGCACCGCCUCAUCACUUCACCGCCAAGCAGUCAAAUCUCCCCCAGCAACCCUCUCACGAAACUCUUCACAUACCGCAAGUGUAGUAGCUGACUCAUUCUUACCUGCCGACGAUGGUGACGAUGCUGGAGACUCGUGGGGAGAUAUGAACGAUGACUUCGACAGUUUCGACUCUCCCGGCCAAUCGUCCAAACAGCCUGCGACAACGACUGCAUCUGCUGCCACUUUUGAUGAUGGCGAGCCUGACUUUGCUGGAUGGCUGGCUGCUCAAUCACAGAAAAAGCCCACCAAGGCCUUGCCAAAGGGUUUAUCAAAAUCAAGUGCGGCUAAGAAGCCUGCGGCUAAAUCGGCCACGAAACCAAUUGCUGCAAAAAAGAUUGAUAUGAAGCCGAAGGAGACAGAUGACGAUGAUGGUUGGGGCGAUGGCUGGUAACAAUAGACUCGAAAGUCAGAAAGUUUUGAGAAGCCGGCACGUUCCAUGAAACAUCACUUUGCCAUAACCGCCUUCUUAGUUGGGAAACAUCAGGAUACCAUUCUCGAGCAUACACUAGUAUGUCGAUUGUUGAUUGAAGCUAUUCAUAAUAUUUUAGUUGGACACAUAUAGACACCAUCAUCUAAUAAUACUCAUGAUACUAGCCAUAAGUGAUUAA